AGUACAAAAUGAUACCAUAGAUACUUCCUGAAUUUUUUUAGAAAAAUCAAAAUUUUAUUCAUCUUUAUUCAUAGCAUCAUUGGACAUUCAGUUAGUAAAUUUUCCAGAUAACAAACACCUAUCUUCUUUGAUUGCUAGAAUAGUUAAUCUCAACCCUUCUUAUUAUAAAAUAUCAUAGUGACUCUGGAUUGUUGAUGAAAAUUUCUUAAGACAGUGUCUUCAGGAAGACACUGCCUCAGGGCUAAUGAGGUAUGUCAUAGGGCCAUUUGUCCUUUCAGAAAUAAUUCUCAGUAGCUAUUGUUGCUUUGCGUUUUUAUAGUGUCUGUUUUUUCAAAGCUUGGUAUUAAUUCUUAUAGCUACUAGUGUACAGAGAAGGGUGUCUGUGAAUAAAGUAAGAGAAAGAAUGUUCAUAAUAGAUUUGAAGAGCACUUCAAUGAAUAAAGUACUUGGACUUUACAAUGUUUGCUUUUACUUCACUAAGUCUUGCCCUGUACCCCUGCCCCUGCCCCUUUAUGCCCUAGCCUCUUUUUUAACAUGGUACUUGGCAGUGUUCCAGGUAGUUAUUGUAAGAAGGAUGAGCUUAGACUUGGAGCUAGACAACCAUGAAGGGAAUUAAAACAGGAUAAUUUAAUAGCUGUGGGACCUUAAGCAAGUUCACAGCUGUAAAAUGGGUUUGCAUAUACUAUCUCUCAGGGUUGUAAGGAUUAAAUAUAAUGGAUAUAGUUUAGGAGGUAUUUUAACAAAUGCUAGUUCCUUUCCUUAUACUUUAAGAUAAAUGACCCACUUACUUUGGAAAUGGUAUUUGCCUAUUUUAGUAUGAUGCUAUAAGGUUUAAAGGGUCAGUAUCCCUAAAAUAUGAUAGCUGUUAAGAUCUCUUUAAUUAUUCAGAAAUGAAUGGUAUGUGACAAGAUAUUAUUGGUUAAUUUGGUGGAUCAGAUGAAUAAAAUGUGCUGAAAUAUUUUGGAGACUGAAAAUAUAAAUUUAGAUGCAAGAAAUGUAUUUUAAAUAAACAUGGAAAACAAUUUUUUUAUCUGAGUCAAAUCAUGUUGAAAUAUUUUAUGAAUAUCCCCAGAGAGUUCGUAAAUUAGUGAAUGAUUUUUUUAAAUGCAAAGUUAAAUACCUAGAAACCAUAUAUACACUUAAAGUAAAAUCUCACAGAGUUCUCAAGGCCAUUUUGCAUUUACUAGUGCCACAGUAGUGGCGUUACAGUGAGCUGCAGUAACCUGAAACAGUACUGCAUGGAUGCUCUAAUAAAUUGCAUGUCUGUUAUUAUGAAAUUUUAUAACUGUUCAUACCUUUUAUUUAAUCCAUUCACAGGUCAUAUUAUAGGAUAUCUGUCAUUUAAUAAGUAUACUAAAUCCAUACCUUAUACUAUUGAGUUUUGAUAGUACCAGAGGGAAAAAAGAAGAAAAGCAUGGCCUCUAUCUUUAAGGAGCUGUUUAACAGUCAUAUAUAUGAAUCAUUUGAUUGAGAAGAUCCAUAUGUGUAAUAUAAUGAAUUCCACAAAAAUUGCCUAUUAAAAUUUUUUGAAAAAGUGGGGGUGAGAUUGAAUAUAGCAAAGCUUUAUUGUUGAUUUUUGUUGUUGGCCAGGCCAAAUUUGUGAACAUUUUACAUGAUCAGCUAUAUCGAAAUACAUUUGUAUGCUCUACUGAAUAUAGGGAACAUAAUUUAAUAUUUAAUUUAAACUCCAGAUUACCAUCAUUUAUAGGCAUUCUAUGCAUUAAACUGUUUUGCCUCUUCUUUCUUCCUCAGUAACACCUUUAGGGCCUUUUGAUGCAUUGGAAAGAAAAGGCAGUUGCGAGCUGCUGGCUCUAGCAAAUCAGAGCUAAUAUCAGAGCAGGAUAAUGUUUGCCCUUUCCUGCUUCCAAGUCUUUGCUCAAACUGCUCUCUACCUUUGCUACCACAGUUUUCAGUUUAAAUUCUCAACUGGCAAUUGGCCGAAAACUCCCAUCUGAAGACAUGAUCAUCCAAAUGUCAUUUUGUGAUUUGGCUACUGUCUGCUUGACAUAGGAAAGCACUAUCAAGAAAGACUAAUGGAGUGACUAUCAAAAGGAAGUCAAUGGACAACCUUAAACUUCCACCACAAGAGGAAUAUAAAGAGGUCCCUCCUGCACCAAGAAAGAUCUGCAGAUCUUUUUCAGUGUUCUUGGAGGUGUGGGGUGUGAGAACUUGAUCAGUUUGUGUCAGCCACCUUGUUCUCUAAAGUUACAAAUUAUAAUACUGUGGUAGAAACAAACUCAGAUUCAGAUGAUGAAGACAAACUCCAUAUUGUGGAAGAAGAAAGUGUUACAGAUGCAGCUGAUUGUGAAGGUGUACCAGAGGAUGACCUGCCAACAGACCAGACAGUGUUACCAGGGAGGAGCAGUGAAAGAGAAGGGAAUGCUAAGAACUGCUGGGAGGAUGACACAGGAAAGGAAGGGCAAGAAAUCCUGGGGCCUGAAGCUCAGGCAGAUGAAGCAGGAUGUACAGUAAAAGAUGAUGAAUGCGAGUCAGAUGCAGAAAAUGAGCAAAACCAUGAUCCUAAUGUUGAAGAGUUUCUACAACAACAAGACACUGCUGUCAUUUUUCCUGAGGCACCUGAAGAGGACCAGAGGCAGGGCACACCAGAAGCCAGUGGUCAUGAUGAAAAUGGAACACCAGAUGCAUUUUCACAAUUACUCACCUGUCCAUAUUGUGAUAGAGGCUAUAAACGCUUUACCUCUCUGAAAGAACACAUUAAAUAUCGUCAUGAAAAGAAUGAAGAUAACUUUAGUUGCUCCCUGUGCAGUUACACCUUUGCAUACAGAACCCAACUUGAACGUCACAUGACAUCACAUAAAUCAGGAAGAGAUCAAAGACAUGUGACGCAGUCUGGGUGUAAUCGUAAAUUCAAGUGCACUGAGUGUGGAAAAGCUUUCAAAUACAAACAUCACCUAAAAGAGCACUUAAGAAUUCACAGUGGAGAGAAGCCAUAUGAAUGCCCAAACUGCAAGAAACGCUUUUCCCAUUCUGGCUCCUAUAGCUCACACAUAAGCAGUAAGAAAUGUAUCAGCUUGAUACCUGUGAAUGGGCGACCAAGAACAGGACUCAAGACAUCUCAGUGUUCUUCACCGUCUCUUUCAGCAUCACCAGGCAGUCCCACACGACCACAGAUACGGCAAAAGAUAGAGAAUAAACCCCUUCAAGAACAACUUUCUGUUAACCAAAUUAAAACUGAACCUGUGGAUUAUGAAUUCAAACCCAUAGUGGUUGCUUCAGGAAUCAACUGUUCAACCCCUUUACAAAAUGGGGUUUUCACUGGUGGUGGCCCAUUACAGGCAACCAGUUCUCCUCAGGGCGUGGUGCAAGCUGUUGUUCUGCCAACAGUUGGUUUGGUGUCUCCCAUAAGUAUCAAUUUAAGUGAUAUUCAGAAUGUACUUAAAGUGGCAGUAGAUGGUAAUGUAAUAAGGCAAGUGUUGGAGAAUAAUCAAGCAAAUCUUGCAUCCAAAGAACAAGAAACAAUCAAUGCUUCACCCAUACAACAAGGUGGCCAUUCUGUUAUUUCAGCCAUCAGUCUUCCUUUGGUUGAUCAAGAUGGAACAACCAAAAUUAUCAUCAACUACAGUCUUGAGCAGCCUAGCCAACUUCAAGUUGUUCCUCAAAAUUUAAAAAAAGAAAAUCCAGUCGCAACAAGCAGUUGUAAAAGUGAAAAGUUACCAGAAGAUCUUACUGUUAAGUCUGAGAAGGACAAAAGCUUUGAAGGGGGGGUGAAUGAUAGCACUUGUCUUCUGUGUGAUGAUUGUCCAGGAGAUAUUAAUGCACUUCCAGAAUUAAAGCACUAUGACCUAAAGCAGCCUACUCAGCCUCCUCCACUCCCUGCAGCAGAAGCUGAGAAGCCUGAGUCCUCUGUUUCAUCAGCUACUGGAGAUGGCAAUUUGUCUCCCAGUCAGCCACCUUUAAAGAACCUCUUGUCUCUCCUAAAAGCAUAUUAUGCUUUGAAUGCACAACCAAGUGCAGAAGAGCUCUCAAAAAUUGCCGAUUCAGUAAACCUACCACUGGAUGUAGUAAAAAAGUGGUUUGAAAAGAUGCAAGCUGGACAGAUUUCAGUGCAAUCUUCUGAACCAUCUUCUCCUGAACCAGGCAAAGUAAAUAUCCCUGCCAAGAACAAUGAUCAUCCUCAAUCUGCAAAUGCAAAUGAACCCCAGGACAGCACAGUAAAUCUACAAAGUCCUUUGAAGAUGACUAACUCCCCAGUUUUACCACUGGGAUCAACCACCAAUGGUUCCAGAAGUAGUACACCAUCCCCAUCACCUCUAAACCUUUCCUCAUCCAGAAAUACACAGGGUUACUUGUACACAGCUGAGGGUGCACAAGAAGAGCCACAAGUAGAACCUCUUGAUCUUUCACUACCAAAGCAACAGGGAGAAUUAUUAGAAAGGUCAACUAUCACUAGUGUUUACCAGAACAGUGUUUAUUCUGUCCAGGAAGAACCCUUGAACUUGUCUUGCGCAAAAAAGGAGCCACAAAAGGACAGUUGUGUUACAGACUCAGAACCAGUUGUAAAUGUAAUCCCACCAAGUGCCAACCCCAUAAAUAUCGCUAUACCUACCGUCACUGCCCAGUUACCCACAAUCGUGGCCAUUGCUGACCAGAACAGUGUUCCAUGCUUACGAGCACUAGCUGCCAAUAAGCAAACGAUUCUGAUUCCCCAGGUGGCAUACACAUACUCAACUACGGUCAGCCCUGCAGUCCAAGAACCACCCUUGAAAGUGAUCCAGCCAAAUGGAAAUCAGGAUGAAAGACAAGAUACUAGCUCAGAAGGAGUAUCAAAUGUAGAGGAUCAGAAUGACUCUGAUUCUACACCGCCCAAAAAGAAAAUGCGGAAGACAGAAAAUGGAAUGUAUGCUUGUGAUUUGUGUGAUAAGAUAUUCCAAAAGAGUAGUUCAUUAUUGAGACAUAAAUAUGAACACACAGGUAAAAGACCUCAUGAGUGUGGAAUCUGUAAAAAGGCAUUUAAACACAAACAUCAUUUGAUUGAACACAUGCGAUUACAUUCUGGAGAAAAGCCCUAUCAAUGUGACAAAUGUGGAAAGCGCUUCUCACACUCUGGGUCUUACUCUCAACACAUGAAUCAUCGCUACUCCUACUGUAAGAGAGAAGCGGAAGAACGUGACAGCACAGAGCAGGAAGAGGCAGGGCCUGAAAUCCUCUCGAAUGAGCACGUGGGUGCCAGGGCGUCUCCCUCACAGGGUGACUCGGACGAGAGAGAGAGUUUGACAAGGGAAGAGGAUGAAGACAGUGAAAAAGAGGAAGAGGAGGAGGAUAAAGAGGUAGAAGAAUUGCAGGAAGAAAAAGAAUGUGAAAAACCACAAGGGGAUGAGGAGGAGGAGGAAGAAGAAGUGGAAGAAGAGGCAGAAGAGGCAGAGAAUGAGGGAGAAGAAGCAAAAACUGAAGGUCUGAUGAAGGAUGACAGGGCUGAAAGUCAAGCAAGCAGCUUAGGACAAAAAGUAAGUGAGAGUAGUGAGCAAGUGUCUGAAGAAAAGACAAAUGAAGCCUAAUCGUUUUUCUAGAAGGAAAAUAAAUUCUAAUUGAUAAUGAAUUUUGUUCAAUAUUAUCCUUGCUUUUCAUGGAAACACAGUAACCUGUAUGCUGUGAUUCCUGUUCACUACUGUGUAAAGUAAAAACUAAAAAAUACAAAAUACAAACACACACACACACACACAAACACACACACACACACAAUAAAUCCGGGUGUGCCUGAACCUCAGACCUAGUAAUUUUUCAUGCAGUUUUCAAAGUUAGGGACAAGUUUGUAACAUGCAGCAGAUUAGAAAACCUAAUGACUCAGAGAGCAAUGAUACAAGAGGUUAAAGGAAGCUGAUUAAUUAUAUAUGCAUCUGGCAUUGUUUUAUCUUAUCAGUAUUAAUUAUCACUCUUAUGUUGGUUUAUUCUUAAGCUGUACAAUUGGGAGAAAUUUUAUAAUUUUUUAUUGGUAAACAUAUGCUAAAUCCGCUUCAGUAUUUUAUUAUGUUUUUUAAAAUGUGAGAACUUCUGCACUACAAAAUUCCCUUCACAGAGAAGUAUAAUGUAGUUCCAACCCGUGCUAACUACCUUUUAUAAAUUCAAUCUAGAAGGUAGUAAUUUCUAAUAUUUAGAUGUCUUAGUAGAGCGUAUUAUCAUUUAAAGUGUAUCGUUAGCCUUAAGAAAGCAGCUGAUAGAAGAACUGAAGUUUCUUACUCAUGUGGUUUAAAAUGGAGUUCAAAAGAUUGCCAUUGAGUUCUGAUUGCAGGGACUAACAAUGUUAAUCUAAUAAGGACAGCAAAAUCAUCAGAAUCAGUGUUUGUGAUUGUGUUUGAAUAUGUGGUAACAUAUGAAGGAUAUGACAUGAAGCUUUGUAUCUCCUUUGGCCUUAAGCAAGACCUGUGUGCUGUAAGUGCCAUUUCUCAGUAUUUUCAAGGCUCUAACCCGCCUUCAUCCAAUGUGUGGCCUACAAUAACUAGCAUUUGUUGAUUUGUUUGUUGUGUCAAAAUUCCCAAAUAAAACUUAAAACCACUGACUCUGUCAGAGAAACUGAAACACUGGGACAUUUCAUCCUUCAAUUCCUCGGUAUUGAUUUUAUGUUAAUUGAUUUUCAGAAUUUCUCUACAGAAAUGAAAGGGAAAUUUUCUAAUCUGCUUUAUCCAUGUACUUGCAUUUCAGACAUGGACAUGCCAUUGUUAUUUGGCUCAUAACUGUUUCCAAAUGUUAGUUAUUAUGGACCCAAUUUAUUAACAACAUUAGCUGAUUUUUACCUAUCAGUAUUAUUUUAUUUCUUUUAGUUUAUAGAUCUGUGCAACAUUUUUGUACUGUAUGUCUUCAAACCUGGCAGUAUUAAUACCCUUCUUACUGACAUAUGUACUUUUAGUUUUAGAAAACUUUUAUAUUUAUGUGUCUUAUUUUUAUAUUUCUUUAUUUAUUACACAGUGUAGUGUAUAAUACUGUAGUUUGUAUUAAUACAAUAAUAUAUUUUAGUAUGAAAAUUUGGAAAGUUGAUAAGAUUUAAAGUAGAGAUGCAAUUGGUUCUCCUGCAUUGAGAUUUGAUUUAACAGUGUUAUGUUAACAUUUAUACUUGCCUUGGACUGUAGAACAGAACUUAAAUGGGAAUGUACUAGUUUUACAACUACAAUCAAGUCAUUUUACCUUUACCCAGUUUUUAAUAUAAAACUUAAAUUUUGAAAUUCACUGUGUGACUAAUAGCAUGAUGCUCUGCAGUUUUAUUAAGAAAUUAGCCUAACCAUAAAACUCUCAUUUCCUUAGUAAGCCAAAUUAGGAUUACCUUCUAUAAACAGUGUUGGGAACAAUGUUUAACAUUUUGUGCCAAUUUGUUCCUGUAUUCAUGUAUGUAAGUUACAGAUGACUCUUCAUUUUUAAGUUCCUUGUUACAUCAUGGUCAUUUUCUAGUUUUUUACCAGACUCCCCCCAUCUCACAAUAAAAUGCAUCAACAAGCCUGAACUGCUGUCAUUCUUUUCAUCAUUAUCAGUAUUUUCUUCGGAAAACUGUGAAAUGGGGUACAUUGUCAUCCUGCAUUUGAUUCAUCUUGAGCUGAAUUUGGGUAACACUAAAUGUUUUAGACAUUCUCCACUAAAUUAUGGAUUUUCUUGUGGCUAAAUGUUUCUGGAGAGGUCAGAGUUGACAAAACCUCUUCAUAGGUUGCUCUUUCUUUCCUGAAAUCCUUAAUCCUCCACAUCUCAUGCUUCAGGUCAUUUCAGGGAAGCCUGGGUUUAGAUGCCUUUCUGACUCUCAGCUCCUGCACUUCUGUCAUCCUACCUCUGAUACUAUUAUUUAUAUUCCUUCCCCACUAGGACAGGAACCACGUUUGUCAUAGUCACUCUCACAUUCCUCACUGCCUAACAGGGUGCCUGGCAUAAGUUGGGACAACAGAUAUUUGUUGAAUAAAAAUAUAAUUUGCAUGUUUAUGGGGCUCAGCUAUGUUCUCACUUUUUUUGCUUCUAAUUCCAGAAUAUAUAUGUUAAAUGAUCUAAUAAUUUGAUUAUUUUCUUAUAAGUCUUAUUAAACACUAGUCAUAAUAGACACAAUAAAUUAUGCCUUCUUUUUC